CACAUUUUUGAAAACAACUCUAUUCACCCCCCUCUAGAGUUGCACAUUUGUCUUACAAUUGGUAUCGGAGCAAGAAGUUCUUCGAAUACGUUAUUUUUUCAGGAACUAAAAGAUCAAAUGGCAUCAAGGAUGUUCAACGCAGGAGUAACCGAGGGACAAUCAACCACGAGGCCACCUUUGUUUGAUGGAACAAACUACUCGUACUGGAAGGAGAGGAUGAGAAUCUUUAUCCAAUCCAACAACUACAAGCUGUGGUUGAUUGUGAAGAACGGCUGCAGAGUCCCGAUGAAGAAAGUCGGUGAGGUCAACGUCCCCAAAACCGAAGAGGAGUUCACCGACGAAGAUUGCAAAAAGAUGGAGCUCAACGCAAAGGCAAUAAACAUGAUUUAUUGCGGUGUUAAUGCAGAUGACUACCGCAAAAUCUCACGGUGUGAAAUCGCAAAACAAAUGUGGGAAAAAUUGGAGGUCACCUACGAAGGAACCGCGCAGGUGGACGCAAUUGAAGAAGGUCGUGAUUUCCAAACAACGACCUAUGAUGCUCUUCGAGGUAAUCUCAUUACCUACGAAACCACCCAACUCUCAAAGGUGGUUGAAGAGAGGAGCAAGAGGUCUAUUGCUCUACCCGCAACAACAUCAACCCCUAACAACAGAGAUGAUGAAGAUGAUGACAGCGACGACACCGACCUCGGACUCUUCGUCCGAAAAUUCAAGAAGAUGAUGCUCAAGAAGGGAGCCAAGAAGAACACUCCACCCAAGUGCUAUGGAUGUGGUGAAAUUGGACACAUCAAACCAAUGUGUCCGAAGCUCAAGAACAAGAAGGACAAGAGGGCACCGAAGAAGCAACGUGCCUACAUUUCUUGGGAGAACGAUGGCUCCGAGAGCGAAGACUCGGAAACGGAGGAAGUGGCCAAUCUAUGUCUCAUGGCCAUUGAAGAUGGAGAAACAUCAAAAGAGGGAAGCUUGUUUCCCUUGGUUGUACGAAGGAAAGGAAUUGGAGAAGGUCAAUCAACCUCUAGGCCACCGCUUUUUGAUGGCACCAACUACACAUAUUGGAAAGAGCGGAUGAGAAUUUAUAUCCGCUCAACCAACUUCCAGUUGUGGUUGGUCAUCAAAAAAGGCGAAGAAACGCCAAUGAAGAAGGUCGAUGAAAAACUCGUCCCAAAGACCGAAGACGAAUUUGAUGCCGAAGACAUCAAAAAAGUGGAGAACUACGCCAAGGCAAUCAACAUGCUGUACUAUGCAGUCAAUCCUGAUGAUUAUCGCAAGAUCUCUUGCUGCACCACGGCAAAAGAAAUGUGGGACAAGCUGGAAGUCACAUAUGAAGGUACGAACCAAGUUCGGGAAGCCAAAAUUGACUUCCUAACGCAGGAGUACGAGAUGUUCAGGAUGAAGGAGCACGAGAAGAUUGACGAUAUGUUCGACCGUUUCUUCAAGAUAGUCAACGAUCUUCAUGCAUUAAAGAAGACGUACACCGACAGGGAUCUUGUGCGAAAGAUCCUACGGAGCUUGACAUCCGAAUGGCGAUCCAAGGCCGAUGCCAUCUAUGAAUCAAUCGGCACAUCAAAUGUCACCAUCGAUGGCCUAAGAGGUAAUCUAAAAACCUAUGAAUCGACUAUUCUUAAUCCGUCUUUGAAUGACCAAAGGAAAGGGAUAGCACUAAAAGCCGUCAAAGAAUCAACGAUGGAUGAUUCAAGUGACGAUGAUGAAGUCAAGCUUGUCAUGAAGAAGUUCUGCAAACUUCUAAGAAAGAAAGAAAAGGUUGAGGAUGGCCCUGUGUGCUAUGGAUGUGGAUAAGCCGGGCACAUCAAGAACAAAUGCCCGAAAAGUAGAAGGAAUGCUCGACACUUCAAAAGGCAAAGGGCGUAUAUCUCUUGGGGUGGAGACUCCGGCGACGAGUCAACCGACCAAGAUGAGAAUGAAGUUGCCAACCUCUG